UUUUUUUUUUCAAUAUGGCAGCGUUAUUUAAGUAACUGCUCACUAACAAUUUCUUCUUCUUAUCGCCCGGCAUCUAUCAGCUGUUUAGCUGUCAAAAAAAUUGUUGAAAACCGCAAAUAUUUCCUUGCAGUGAAAAAAUUGAAAGAUUAGCAGAGUAUUUUGUUUAUAAUUCAAGCGAAGAAAAAUAUCUUAAGUAAAUGACGGGGGAUAGUGAAAUGCGGAACGACAGUCCGGAUGAUAGUGACGAAAAUGGCGUUAUUGAUGUGGCACAUUACCGACGAUUGGUGAAAAUGUUCAUCGACAUGCGGCGAUAUCAAACAGCACUCUUUUGGGCUGAAAAAGUUUGUGUACUCAGUGAAAAUGAUCCGAAGGACGUAUACUGUUACGCUCAUUGUAUGUUUUUGUUGAAAGAGUAUCAUCGCGCUGCACACUUGAUACGACGCUUCCAACUUGAAAAAACACAUGUGUCAAGCUACAAUUUAUUGUUAGAAAGUCUCUAUGAAGCUAAGGAACUCAACGAAGCUGUCAGUGUUAUAAAUAAUAUUGACAUUGAGUUCUUGGCUUCUUCUUUAAUAAGUCAGCCACUAGACAGUGCUAAUGUGGACUGUCACUCCACUUUAAAUGCCGAGGAAGCAAACAAAAAUGAAGUUUUGGCUUCAAUAAAUUUUAUGAAGGGUAAGAUAUACGAAUCUCUAGAUAAUCGCGGUUUAGCAAUGGAUUACUAUGUACAAGCGUUACACAAGUCAGCCUAUUGUUUCGAAGCGCUCGAAGCUUUAGUGCAACACGAAAUGCUGAUGGCAUGGGAAGAAAAAGACCUAAUGGAGCAUUUACCACUUGUGCAACAUUCUAGCGAAACCGAUGCUAAGUUUAUCAAAAAAUUAUAUGAGUCGAAGCUUAAAAAGUACUAUGAAGAUAUUGAACAUGCUACUGGCGACCAUAUUAUUAAAGAUUUCAGUGAAUGUAUUAAAAAAACUCUGGAAUCCGAUGUGCAUCUUCAUAAAAAGUUUAUGACACCACAGAUUAUGUCACCAGCCAAUAAAGUGCUCGUAGAUAUCAAGAACACUCCAUUUUCAUUGCAUAUCAGUCUCACGCGUGCGUCAUCACUUAUAAAUGAAUCCAACCGAUCGCAUAUGGAGACACCCGGUCGAGAACGAACAAAAGAAAUAGAUAGUAAAAAUGUUUUGCCGCUUGCCACUUGCUUAAAUCGUAUACAGAAAAGUACUGAUAUCAUGGCUGCAGAAGCAGAAAAACUAUUCUAUGAUUGCGAGUAUAAAAAGAGUUAUAAAAUACUACAAGAAUUAUUAAAAGCGGACCCCUAUCAUAAUGCUGCUUUAACAUUACAAAUUGGAUGUUUGGUCGAAUUCGGUGAUUAUAAUAAACUUUUCUACGUCGCACAUAAAUUGGUUGAUCGAUAUCCAGACAAGGCUAUAUCGUGGUAUGCUGUUGGCUGUUACUACGACUUGAUAGGCAAGAGUGAUCCUGCCCGAAGGUAUCUUUCAAAAGCAACCUCCCUCGAUCGUCUCUAUGGGCCUGCAUGGUUAGCUUAUGGACAUUCGUUUGCUAAAGAGAAUGAACAUGAUCAAGCUAUGGCUGCUUAUUUCAAAGCUACGCAACUCAUGCGUGGCUGCCAUUUGCCAUUACUCUACAUAGGAGUUGAAUGUGGACUUACGAAAAAUCUGGAGCUGGCUGAGAAAUUCUUCGCACAAGCUAUGGCUAUUGCGCCAUUAGAUGUCUUUGUGUUGCACGAAUUAGGUGUAAUCAAAUAUGAAUACGAAUACUAUAAGAGCGCUGAAGAGGUAUUUCAGCGCACAGCAGAAAUUGUAAAGGCACGCGCUAAAGAAAACAAAGAAGAACUCUCAGUCCGUUGGGAGCCACUGUUCAAUAACUUGGGCCAUUGCUGCCGCAAGCGCAAGAAGUACAAAGAAGCUUUAAGCUAUCAUCAAUAUGCGCUUUUGCUCAAACCACAAAGUCCGCAAACCUUUACAGCAAUGGGUUUUGUCUACGCACUAAUGGGCAACCUCGAUGAGGCCAUUAUUUACUUCCAUAAAAGCUUAGCAAUUAAUCGUGAUUGCAUUGUGACAACCACUAUAUUGAAGACAUGCAUUGAGGAUGUUAUGAAUGAAGAAACCGUUAUUGAAGAUAUAUGUGGCAGAGAUUUUAGUGGCACUACAUCAUCCUCCUCCUCAAAAUCAGCAUCGAAACGUCUACCAACGAUUGAAGAGUCGCCGGCUAAAUUUAAUUGCGUAAAAUUGAAAUUCGAUGAAGAGGAUAGCGCUGCGAAUUCGCAAGAUAAGUCUGAUAGUAAUGUAGUUAUGGAUAUUAGUAUGGAUUUGUAAUCAUUUACAUACAAAUAACAUACAUUAAAAAUUUAAUAAAAUAAUUUCAAAUGAUAUUUGAGAAAU